AAAACUGGUGUUACACUCCUGCUUCUCUUAUCGGCAACAAGUCUUGUGUUAGGCGGAGGGUAUGGAGGCUAUGGUGGAGGAUAUGGAGGCGGUCAUGGUGGAGGAGGAUAUGGCGGCGGUCAUGGAGGUUACGGUGGAGGAGGAUAUGGAGGCGGUCAUGGAGGCUACGGUGGAGGAGGAUACGGUUAUGGCGGGUUGUAUGGAAUUUUGUGUAACUAUCCAACUCAUGUUACAGUAAGAACCCACGGCGGUUAUGGCGGAGGCCUUAGUGGUGGAUAUGGAGGAGGUUAUGGAGGUGGUUAUGGCGGAGGCCUUAGUGGUGGAUAUGGAGGCGGAUACGGAGGUGGUUAUGGAGGAGGCUAUGGGGUUAAUGUACCAAUUUUUGCCAUUAUUGGGUCAAGUAGGCACACAGGAGGUUAUGGAGGAGGCUAUGGCGGAGGUUAUGGAGGAGGCUAUGGUGGUGGUUAUGGAGGAGGCUAUCACUGA